AUGAUUCAAAGAAAACGAAUCUUGCAACAGAGUGGAAUUUUUCUGAGACAAAAUCCAGGUGAAGCUCACUUAACACUAGAUGAACUGCGUCAAAUGGCUACCAGAAACAAUAGCAACACAUUAAUUUCCAAGAUAUCUAGAUAUGUUGCAAACAUUGCUGGCUCAAAUGCUUACUGGAAUAAGGUGAGAGAAGAUCUCAAAGCCAUUAUAACAACUGUUGGCACACCAACAAUUUUCUUCACAUUUUCAUCAGCUGAUAUGCAUUGGCCUGAUUUACAUGUGCUUCUUGGAAAUGAAAAUAGCACUGGUGACAAAAGGCGACAAGCUGUAAUAAAUAACCCACACAUCGUGGACUGA